AUGAUGGCCACAAGAUCGGUACAGACCUUUCUCGGGAGGACCGCUCGCGCAGGCCGAGCUGCGCCGGGACUCUCGAAGGUAGCUUGCUCCGUCGAUGCUGGGCUGGGCAGCUACAACCCGGUUCGCCUCACAACAAUCACACCUGCUCGCAUCUUCCGAGGCUUCUCAUCAUCGAGCAUCACGAGACGUGCAGCUGCCGAAUUCACAGGCAUGUCCGAGCAAGGACUCUCCGAAUCGCAAGUCGACGUACGACGAGCGAUCCAAGAUGUCUGCUCUCAAUUCGACGAAGACUACUGGCGACACAAAGAUCAACGCGCCGAGUACCCGCACGAGCUCUACGAUGCUCUCUCCUCCGGCCGAUGGAUCGGAAUCUGCAUGCCCGAGUCGCUCGGCGGGGCAGGACUCGGAAUCUCGGAAGCGACAGUUAUGCUUCAGACCAUCGCCGAAUCGGGUGGAGCCGUCGCUGGUGCUCAAUCGAUCCACGCCAACAUCUACCCUUUGAUGCCGAUCAUCGAGUUUGCCUCGAAGGAGCAGCAUGCUGAUUGGUUGCCGAAGAUGAUCGACGGCAGGAUCAGAUCUUGCUUUGGCAUUACGGAACCAACGACGGGAUCGGAGACGUUGAAACUCAAGACAAAAGCAGUGAGGAAGGGCGACAAGUACAUCAUCAACGGCAGUAAGAUCUGGACUUCCUCGGCGCAGGUCGCAUCCCAUGUGGUGCUCUUAGCAAGGACUUCGGAGCCAGAGAGUGGAUCGCGAUCUUCGGGCUUGAGCCUCUUCUUUGCGCCGCUUCGAAACAUGCCGAACAACCCGCAGAACGCAGGCAAGGCGCAACUGGCCAAGGGAGUCGAGAUGCGCAAGAUCGCCAAGAUGGGCGGCAACAUGGUCGACGCUAACGAAGUGUGGUUCGACGACUUUGAAGUGCCCGCAGACUGCCUGAUCGGCGAAGAGGGCAAAGGGUUCAAGUACGUCCUGCACGGGAUGAACGCCGAGCGGUGCCUGUUGGCAGGUGAAGCGCUGGGCACGGGAUACGCAGCACUCACCAAAGCGGUCAAGUACGCAGGUGACAGAGUCGUGUUCGGCAAGCCCAUCGGAGCGAUGCAGGCCAUCCAACAUCCACUUGCGAAAAGCUGGGCUCAACUCGAAGCAGCCAAACACCUGACCUAUGCCGCAGCGAGGAUGUACGAUGAUAGAGCGGCGGACGCGGGUGCGCAGGCCAACGCGGCAAAGUACAUGGCCGCCGAAGCUGGGUUCAAGGCUUGCGAGACGGCGGUCAUGACUUUGGGUGGCAUGGGCUAUGCGGUAGAGUACGGGGUGGAAAGACUGUUCCGCGAGGUGCUAGUGCCGAGACUUGCACCAGUGAGGUAA